AUGGGUGGGAUCCCGCUCGACGCGCUCGCGGGGGGGCGCGCGCGGGCGACGCCGGCGAGGGGAGGACGACGGGUGAACGAUGCGCGAGGGGAACGACGAGGUGGACAUCGCGAGCGACGGGCGGUGCGCGUUCGCGCGUCCUCGGCGGCGUCGAGCGCGCUGCGAGCGCUUCUGGCGCGCGCGAAGGAGAAUGCGUCGGGUGGGGAGGUCGCGGUGCAGUCGGUGGCGGAAGCGCGAGCGCUGAUCGAACGCGCGCGAAGUGAACGGAGACGGAGAGAGGCGACGGCGCCGACGAGCGCGCGGUUAGCCGCGUUGGAGUCAGAGGCGGAUGCGUUGAGGUCUGAGGUGCGGCGAUUGAAGGAUGAGAACCGGGAGGCGAUUGAUGCGCUGCUGAGUGAGGCGGCGGAACUGGCGGAGCAAACGGCGCGCGUGGAGGAGGUCGAGGGCGAGCUCGAGGAGGCCACGCAAUUGAACAGGCGUUUGGUGAGCGCGGCGCAAGAGCUCGCCGAGCUCGUGGACGAGAGCGCGACGGAGGCGCUCGAGAACGAGCUCGCGAUGAAGGAUGCCGAGAUUGUUUCUCUCAAGGCGAGCGUACGCGAACUCGAGCACAAGCUCGAGGAUCGGGACGCGCUCCUGGAGACGAUUCGCAGCUUGGAGAUAGAGCUCGCCGAGAGCGUCACGAGCGCCGAGCUCAAGGAGUUGGCUGAUGGAAAGAUGGAUUCCCCGGAAUUGAUCUCGGCCUUGGAGGCGGAGAACAAGGAGAUGCGAGAGCGCAUCAACGCUUUGCUCGCCGAAGGGGAUAAACUCCCAGCGGUGGCGAAGAAGUACGAGGCGGCGGCGCUCGAGGUUGUUUCGCUCAAGUCUCGCAUUCGUCUUCUCGAGGUGCGAAUGGCGGACAUGGUCGAUCAAGAAGAACUCAGUGAAAUGUUGGAGCAAGAGAGAAGGAAGAGUACUGAGCUUGUCGCCCAGAAGGACUCCUUGUUGAAGCGCAUACGCGAGUUGGAGGUGGCGAUGUCCGACAUGGAAGAGGGAGACGCCUACCUCAAGGCGAAGAAAGAAGCCGAGGCGGCAAAAUUGCGCAGCAUGGAUCUCUCCACGCUCGUCGAUUCUCUCACCUCGAAGCUCGCAGAGCAGACGGACGAGGCGAGUAGAGCUAAAACCGCGACGGACGACGCGCUCGCGAACGUUCGCGCGCUUGAAUCGGACAUGGCGUACAUGGACUAUGCACCAGGCAUCGAGAGCGCUAUGAAGGCGGCAAAGCAAAUGGAACGCGCCGCGGAGCGCGCCGUGGAGCUCGCGGCGGGUCUUCAACAGCUCGAAGUCGGGAUGAAGAAGAAGAGCAGCGGUCGAAAAGUGCCGUUCAAGCGCGAAGACUCGUUUACGUUGCGUAAAUUGAACUUCAGCAACGCCAAACUGCAAGAGCCAGCGAUUGCCUUCAAGCGCUCCCCCAGCGACACCUUUGCACUUCGAAAGUUUGACUUCACGAAAAUCAAGACGGAGGCCGAGGCGAGCAGUGCAAGCAAAACGCCUUUCAAGCGCUCUCCAGCCGAUGCAUUCAAGCUGCGCAAGAUGACGUUCCCAUUCUCCUCGCGCACCGCCUCCGUGCCGAAGAGCGUGUUCCAGCGCACGGGCAACUUUGAGUUGCGACGAUUCAUCUUCACCUCCGAUCCGGUCGACGUCGUUGCGUCCGCUGCGUUCGAGCGUAACGGUGAGUUUACACUCAGACGCCUCAAGUUCCCUCCGCCGCAGCGAACCGGCGCAGCGAUCUCCACCUGGGAUAGAGGAGACAAGGGGACAGUUUUCAAAUUCUAA